GUAGAAUGGAGGACCUGCACAAAGAUAACAGAUCACAACAAAGGCAAGUAAUUCUCUUAUUUUUCUCUUUGUUUUGCAAAGCUGCCUCAGAAAACAUUCGGUACUCUAUCCCUGAAGAAAUGGGAAAGGGUUCCAUUGUGGGAAACCUGGCAAAAGAUCUGAGACUGUAUGCAGGAGAAAUAGCAAACAGCAAUCUGCAGAGCCUUUCUCUUGGGGAAAAGGAAUAUUUCACUAUCAGUACAGUAAAUGGGAAUCUUUAUAUAAAUGAUAGGAUAGAUAGGGAAGAAAUAUGUGGGGAAAGCAAAUCCUGCCACAUCAGCUUUAAAGUAAUGUCUGAAAGUCCUAUGAAUAUUUUUCAUAUAACUGUAGAGAUCCAGGACAUUAAUGACAAUGCACCACAUUUUGUAGAUGGUGAUAUCAAGCUACAGAUAAUUGAAUCCACUUUACCAGGCACCACAUACAUCUUAGAGCAAGCUGAGGAUCCUGACAUAGGAAUAAAUGGUCUACAAGAUUACCACCUGAACAAUAAUAACUAUUUUUCUUUGGAUGUUAAAGACAGAGAAGAUGGAAAGAAAUACACAAAAUUAGUACUGAACAAACAGUUGGAUCAUGAAAGUGAAAGCAGUUUCAAUUUAAUCCUUACGGCCCUGGAUGGAGGGAAGCCACCCAAAACGGGGACAGCCAAAAUAUGGAUCACUGUCAUUGAUGUCAAUGAUAACCCACCAGUCUUCACUCAAGAACUGUACAUGGUAACUGUGAAAGAGAAUAUACCAAAUGGAUCUUUAGUGGUAGAAGUGAAAGCCACAGAUAAAGAUGCAGGUUCAAAUGGACAGAUAAACUAUGAUUUUCGAAAUAUUCCUGAACAUGCUCGUCAGAAAUUCAGCUUGGACCAAUAUGGGAAAAUUAGAGUUAAAGACACUCUGGACUUUGAGAAAGCAGAGAAAUAUGUGAUUACAGUAGAAGCAAGAGAUGGAGGUGGAUUGGUAGCUCAUGCUAACGUUGAAAUAAAACUAUUAGAUGAGAAUGACAAUUCCCCAGAAGUGAUCCUUGCCUCUUUGUCCAGCCCAAUACCUGAGGAUUCAGCAGCAGGAACUCUGGUCGCCUUCAUUAAUGUAAAUGACAGAGAUUCUGGGGAAAAUGGAGAAAUUGUUUGUUAUUUAACAAGCAGUAUGCCUUUCAAAAUAUUGUCAGCCAACAAUGAUUUUUAUAAGCUGCUUACAGAUGGACCACUAGAUAGAGAAAGCACACCAGAAUACAAUAUCACAAUCACAGCAACAGACAAAGGAACACCCCCUCUUUCAACAGAGAAUACCAUUUUUCUGAAGAUUUCAGAUAUUAAUGACAAUUCUCCUACUUUUGAUAAGUUGUAUUACACAGCCUAUGUAUCAGAGAACAAUCUCUCAGGGUCCUCUAUUUUCCGGGUCCGAGCUACAGAUUCAGAUUUGGAACGAAAUGCUCAAAUCACUUACUCCCUCCUCCAAAGCAGCAUUCAGGAGUUGCCUGUCUUAUCUUACCUUUCUAUAAACUCUGAAAGUGGCAUCAUCUAUGCCCAGCGCUCCUUUGACUAUGAACAGUGCCAGGAGUUUCAGGUGGAAGUGAGGGCCCAAGAUGGAGGCUCCCCUCCUCUCAGCAGCACUGCAACUGUAAAGGUCUUCAUCCUGGACCAGAAUGACAAGAGCCCUCAAAUCCUGUAUCCUUCUCAGGGAGUGGAGGGCUCAACCUUGUUUGAGAUGGUGCCUCGCUCAGCUGAGGAGGGUUAUCUGGUGACCAAAGUGGUGGCAGUGGAUGCAGACUCUGGACACAAUGCUUGGCUCUCCUACCAUCUGGUCCAGGCCACUGAGCCAGGGCUCUUUACAAUAGGUGCCCAUAAUGGUGAGAUCAGGACAUCCCGGGCAUUUUUGGAAAGAGAUGCUGUGAAGCAGAGACUGGUGAUCUUAGUGAAGGAUAAUGGCCAGCCACCACUAUCCAGUACUGUGAGUCUUAACCUGGUGUUUGCUGAGACCUUCCAAGAGGCCCUUCCAGAAAUUAACAGCCAACCCAGGGACCCAGAGUAUCAGUCAGACCUUCAAUUCUACUUGGUCCUUGCCUUGGCUUUGAUUUCCUUUUUAUUCCUUCUAACAGUGAUUCUGGCCAUUCUGACAAAACUUCGAAGAUCUGGCAGUCCUAAAUUCCUGGAGUGUUUUGGUCCAAUUCCCCAUUCAAACAAUGCUGUCAUAUUCCCACCAAACUAUGAGGAAGGGACUUUGCCUUAUUCCUAUCAACUCUGCUUAUCCUCUGAGUCCAGGAUACAGGAAUUUACCUUUCCAGCACCAAGUGUUCAAACUGCAGGGAAUUCUUCAUUUGAUCAAAAGACUGACAUGCUUUUGACAGCCAAUCAUGAAAAUAUAUUGACAACAGAUAUGAGUGGUACCAAUGAGGUAGGUUUUUUAAAUUUCUGCCUAAUUAGUUAA